AUGAAUGUUCAAAAAGCAGAAAAACUAUCAGCUAUACGUGUUGAACAAGAAGACGAGCACGGCCGGAUAACGAGAAAAGGAAAAAACGAAGGUGUUGAUCUCGAUAUUCAUUUGAUUUCUGGCAGACUACUAUUAUUGAGUGAAGAAAUAGAUUUAGAAGAAUAUCAAAGACUUUGUAGUCACUUUGGAUACAAUUACUUGGAAGUGUUUAAGAAAGCUCGUGAUUCGGAUAUUAGCACGUCUGAGGAUGAAGACAGCGAAGAUUAA